AUGUUUAAAAAUACCUUUCAGAGCGGAUUUUUGUCUAUUUUAUACAGCAUUGGCAGCAAACCUCUACAAAUAUGGGACAAAAAGGUGCGAAAUGGACACAUAAAGAGGAUUACAGAUAAUGACAUCCACUCCUCGGUGCUUGAGGUGGAAGGGGCCAAUGUCAGUACUACCUAUAUAACGUGUCCUGCAGACCCAAAGAAGACACUGGGCAUCAAGCUCCCAUUUCUGGUGAUGAUUGUCAAAAACCUAAAGAAAUAUUUUACUUUUGAAGUCCAGGUAUUAGAUGACAAAAAUGUCCGCCGGAGGUUCAGGGCAAGUAACUAUCAGAGCACAACGCGAGUGAAGCCGUUUAUUUGCACAAUGCCAAUGCGGCUCGACGAUGGCUGGAACCAGAUUCAGUUCAACCUGUCGGACUUCACCAGGAGAGCCUAUGGCACCAACUACAGUGAGACGCUUAGGGUACAAAUCCAUGCCAACUGCCGCAUAAGGAGAAUCUAUUUUUCAGACAGACUUUAUGCUGAGGAUGAGUUGCCGGCGGAGUUUAAGCUGUUUGUGCCUGUUCAAAACCAGAAGGGAAAGCAGUAA